GUGGGGUCCCCUAAAGCAGCAGUAAAUAUCUCUCGCCCUUGGCUCUUUUUAAGUUAUUUUGUGACGAACUUCUUGAUUCUCAUAAGCUAUAUGUAGAAAUUUUUCAACAUCCUCUUUUGUUCGCUAUCAUGUCAUUCCGCAAAAGGAAUAUAGGUCUAUCGCCAGGCUCACCCCGUGGAAUUGCUCCCAAUCUACCCAGUUCGCAACCGUCGCAGCCUCCGCAACCGCCCACCAAGCCUACUUUAGGACUCCGCCCCUCACCUAUCGAUGGGCGACAGACCACGUCCACCGGUACUCCAACCUUAGAUAAUUUAUUAGCCGGGCAUGCAGGAUUAGUGCUGGGGAAUUCGCUUCUGAUUGAAGAAAGCGGUACAACCGAUUUUGCCGGUGCUUUGCUGAGGUAUUUCGCUGCUGAGGGUGUGGUUCAAGAGCACCAACUUCAUAUCAUUGGUGUUGGUGAGCAAUGGGGGAGGGCUCUUCCUGGGCUUGUUGGAGCGGGAGAAACUGCAGAUGAUAAACCUAGUAAAAGCGCAGGAGAGAAAAUGAAAAUAGCCUGGAGAUACGAGCGAUUGGGCGAAUUUGGCGCUGGCGUCGCAGGGUCUAGACCCCCUGCUCCAACAGCAGAGAAAACUGCAGACUCAUCACAAUACCCCCCGGCACCGCAGGUGUUCUGUCACACGUUUGAUUUAACGAAGCGCCUGGCCCAUCCCUCUCUCCCUUCUAUAAAUUACAUCCCUCUUUCAACCUCCUCAACACCAACUGCAUCUCCGUAUACAUCUGCUCUCCAUCGACUGUCUACCGCAAUAUCAACUUCACCCCCAAAUAUCAUCCACCGAAUAAUAAUUCCAUCCCUGCUUUCUCCAGCUUUAUCCCCCCAACAUGCCAGCCAACCCGAACACGUAUUGCAGUUUCUGCAUUCCAUGCGCGCCAUUCUGUCGUCGUACUCCAAUCGCGUAACGGCGAUGAUUACCCUCCCAUUAUUCCUAUACCCUAGAGCCUCGGGACUCACUCGAUGGAUUGAACUGUUGAGCGACGGUGUUAUCGAGCUCGCACCAUUCCCACAUCUAUCCGAUGCCAGCCCAUCUGCAACAUCGGGAGCAGCCACAGCACAGGAAGAACCACCACAGGGUAUGCUCAAAAUCCACCGGCUGCCCGUUCUGCAUGAGCGAGGAGGAGGGGGCGGGGAUAGCAGUUUGGGCGACGAUUGGGCCUUCACUCUUAGCAGGAGGAAAUUCGCGAUUAAGCCAUUUAGCCUGCCACCCGUGGAGGGGGAUAACGAAGCACAGCAGGGUGGCGCUUCAGGUGGAACGAGCAAAGAACAUCUAGAAUUCUAAUCAUCUCCAAAUUAUUUUCCUGGGCGAUUGAAGUUGUAACCUAUAUCUCGAUCAUAAGGCAUCAUCACUGUCAUAACCAUCCGCACGAUCUCUUAACAUAUCCUCCAGCUCAAUCUGCUCGGACAUAGCAGAACCGCUAUUCGUCAUCGUCCGUAAAUAACUACGAUCGUAGAUGGCCUCUCGGGGGUUGAUAGAGAAACCUGCAAUGCGGGCACGGAAGCUAUCCCCGAGGCAGGAGGUCAACACCAAGAACGCUGUAACCUGAGUUAGCUCAGGCCGAUAAUUACGUAUGUGGUAUUCGUGUAGGUACUCACCUAGAAAGAGGAGAAACGGUCCCAGAAAAAGGAGGCUGAGAAGCCAUAUGACGUUCAUUGGAGGUAACGACACUGCCUUAUAUGCGUAAAAUAAUAGUAAAUGCUAGCAUUGAACAUUGGCAUGCUGUGUUUGAAGUUGAGACC